AUGGAACUUCAUCACUCACUUCAUUCACAUAUUAUUGGAAAAGGUGGAAGAGGAAUACAGAAGGUGAUGAAGAUCACAUCGUGUCAUAUUCAUUUUCCAGAUUCUAACAAGUAUUCGGAAUCCAAUAAAAGCGAUCAAGUAUCAAUAUCUGGAACACCAAUGAACGUUUAUGAAGCAUUGAAACACUUAAGAGCGAUGUGUCCUUUAACAGUAUACAUGAAACUUCCUUGGUACAAUCUUGGUCAACCGGAUCUACGACCACUCAUGUCUCAGAUGGAUUUGGAAGUUUCUGUUGAACAGAAUAUUUAUAGUUUAGCCAUUAAAAUGAGUGGAAGUCAAGAUUCUAGUGUUCUAUUUGCAAUUCGUUUAGUUUUACACCAUUUCCUUUUGACCGAAGAGUAUGUGAACAUUUCCACUAAUGUGUUAGCUCGUGAAGAAUUAAAUUAUCAAUUAGAAAAUUCGGAUGAACAUCGGCAGAGGUAUAGGAUAAGUCAUAUUAUCGUCAAAUUCGGAAACAUUUUCAGAAUUCGCGAAGUAUGUAAUAAGAACAAUGUGACUAUUCAAACAUUCCCCGAGACGCAUACUAUAUCAAUAGUUGGAUCACCUGCAGGAGUACUAAAAGUUCGAAAAUUAUUAGUUGUAGGCGAUUUUUUGGUAAAAUUUUCGUCUAAAUUACGUUCACAGGGUCUGGCAAAUGUGAUAGUUCAAUUUGAUUGCAAUGUGAUGGAUAUCCACUAUCCAAUACAACAAUUGGAACAAGAAAGAGGACUACAAAUCGGAUGUAAAAGAAAGAAUGGAGAUAUUAUGACGAUUACUAUGAAAUCCACAGAAUCGAAGAUAGCAGAAGUUCUCCAAUCUCGUGAACUGCUUCUUGCACUUCCACCAACAACCUAUUCUUCUCCAGAUGAUUACGAUCCAAGUCCAGUCAUGAAUGUUACGGGACCAGCCACACUGAUACCACUUCAAACUGAAUUGGCUUCUGGAGUACGCGUAUUCUUAACGCCACCUAUAGAAUCUCCAAGAUCACCAGAUCCUGAUGAAUCUCCAUUAGCUGCUUCUAUUCUGAAAGGAGCGAAAGAUAUCAGCAAAAAUAGUGAUAUUUGGAAAAAGAAACCAAAACCUGAUCGAGGAGAAAUGCUGAUGAAAGCAACACAAGCAAUUUUCGAUGAUACCGUUCUAUCCAGCCCAAGAUAUCCAACUGACUUAUGGUCUGGUUAUGGGUUCAGUUCUUCCCUCCCAGCUGAUUUGCUCAAAGGCAUGAUGGAUUUAUCAGCUAACGAGUCGUCUACAACGACCAACUCUUCUCUUCUUAUGAAUCACUCACAACGAGGACUUUGUAGUGUUCGCGAGGAAGAUGAAGAGCUUUCAGAUUUCUCAGCUUCAUCAACCAAUUAUGGGAUGUCGAGAGUUUUCGAGCAGCCAUCGAGAAAUGUAUUUUCUGCAUCCACUUCGGUGUUUGACUCGAACUCGCUUCCAUAUGACCUCCAAUGGGAUAUAAACUAUUUCACUGAUCCUUCAAUGGUACUUGCUCAACUCGGGUGUAGUGAAUACAUGAUUCAGUUAAGAGACCAGGAAAUCGACAUGCACGCAUUCUUGCUGCUCGAUGAGCAGAACUUGAAGGACAUUGGAGUGUCGACAAUUGGUGCUCGCAAAAAGAUUCAUCACGCAAUUCUGAAGCUUCGAGACUCGGCACGGCUGAACGGAUAUGCGGUCUAA